UCACCAGUCCUCGAUUUGUUCUAACCCAAGCUAGGAAAACAGGAUACGAAGUCAUCCUGUCUGCACCAGAACUCACUAUCCAACGGUGCAACAUAGUGAAUCCAGCAACACGUAUGGUGCUGCCAGUAGAUGGAACACCACAUGACUGCAUACAGGUAACAGACACGUUCAUGAGAAUACGCGAGGAUUUGCAUAAUCAACCAAUCCCAGCUGAUUUGACAUUCUUUGUUGAUGGCUCUUGUUUCAGAGACGCCACAGGUAAUCAUGCAGGAUAUGCAGUGGUACAGCUAAACAAAGACAAUACCUUCACAGACGUUCAAACCACCAGUGUGCCUCAACCAUGUUCAGCACAGUUAGCAGAAAUCAAGGCUCUAACAGCAGCCUGUAAGCUGGCAAAGGGAAAGCGUUUGAAUGUAUACACAGACUCAGCUUAUGCAUAUGGAGUGUGUCAUGUACAUGGCAACACUUGGAAACAGAGAGGGUUCUGCAGAGCAGAUGGAACUCCGGUAAUACAUGGAGAAGCCGUCUCUGCAUUAUUAGAAGCAAUCCAUGAACCAACCGCAGUAGCAAUUAUAAAGUGUCCAGCACAUCAAAAAACAGACACUCUGAUAGCUCGAGGUAACAACCAGGCAGAUGAAGCUGCUAAACGAGCCGCAGUAGGAGAAGUUAUGGGUCCAAUGGUAGCAGUUGAGGAUUGUGAACCACUUACAAAUUUGUCAUCUCUCAUUGCAGCACAAGAAGCAGCUGACGUGUAUGAGAAGUCCAUGUGGCUAAAGAAAGGGGCCAGACAAGUAACUGAGGAUGGUCCCCAGAAAGGAUUAUGGAGGGGUCCACAUGGCCAUUUUGUGCUGCCUAUUUGUUUAACACGCUUUGCUAUAAGGAACGCUCACGGACCAGAUCAUUGUUCCAGGGGACAGGUACUUAGGCGCAUACAGGCAGUAUGGUGGUCACCAUAUCUGGCAGCCACCGUAGAUAGGACAUUGAACGAAUGUCAGGGUUGCGCUCUUUUCAACACAAGAAAGUCAUUCUCAGCCCCUCUGGCUCACAUACCAGCGCCAGAUGGUCCGUUUAGACAUCUUAUAAUAGACUAUGUAGACAUGACAGAGAGGGUCAAAGGAGCCACUGAGGAAAGAGACGCUGCCAUACCAGAGCGCCAACAAACAAUACGCCCUGGUGAGUGGGUGUACGUCAAGGUGUUCAAAAGAAAGUGGAACCAACCCAGACGAGAAGGCCCAUUUAAAGUUGUCCUUGCCACACCAUCAGCCUUAAAAGUAGAAGGUAAGAACGUUUGGUUCCAUCUAAACCACUGCUGCAGAGCAAAUGAGCCAGAAGGAGCAACUGAGGCAGUCAGAGGAGGAAGGCACACGGGAUCCGAUGGGGACGGUGACACCGCCCCGCAGGGAGCUAGACGAUCCCAGAGCCCAGAGGGAGACAGACAAAGGAGCGGUGAGCCCGCCCUGCAGGGGGAGAGACGAUCCGACAGACUGGCCGCCAGACGGACCAGCAUUAGACGAACCAGUGACAGCGCAACCAGUAGUGGAUCCUUACCUCCAAGAGAAGAUGUCACAGAUGCAGAUAGUACACCCUUGAUUCAGCAGGACAGUCAGGAUCAGAUAGAGAUAUCCAUGAAUCAGAAGAAUCAGGUGACUCAGGUUCAGAAGGAGAUAGAGCAGAACAAGGAACUGCAGAAACCCGCCAAGCUUACUACCAAGUCCCUACGCAGACACAAUCCCAAGACCAACACCAAGCCCAAUCACAGAGUCAGGACCAGGGUCAGAUUCAGGUUCCAGUACAAGAGCAACCCCAAGGUCAUGUACAGGUUCGGGUACAUACGCAAGUCCGACAGAAAGCGGCCCAGAAGCAGGACAUGA